AUGAGGCAGAGAGAAGGUCCGCAGGUGCAGUCAAGCACCAAGCGUAAGCGAAAUCCCCAACGAGCAACAGACGACGGCGACAAUGAGCACGAUAGCGACUCCGACGAUGUUUACGACCCAGAUCAACCACUAGAAGAAAGAAGAAAGGUUCAGCAGGGAUUUCGCGACCUUCUUCGAAACAUCACAGAAAACAGCGAAGAAUAUCUACAAGGCGACUCUCAUGGUCUGCAUGAGACCAUUUUGCGGGCCAACGAGCUCUCCAAGCAAGUACGACAGACGACUGAAGCCACGAUUGAUUCACGGCUGCUUGUCAGCACAACCGACCUUUCGUACCGCAAGACCCUGAGGCUCACACAAGGCAGCCUGUCACAAGGAAUCGACGGGGACGAUUUUAUUUCCAAGUGCAUCGCGUAUAUGCGAAAUGGUGGGGGAAUUGCCAAUGACCAAUCCCUAGAACUUUCGAGCACCCAGAGGCAACGACGGCGAACGGUACAUGAUCGAGCACAUGAGGAUGAUGGCGGGGAUGUAGGAGAUGAAGGAGACAUGAUGAACUGGGCUCAUCUCGGCCAUUUCGCGUGCUUGCCAUAUGUCAGGCGGCCUGCGCUGCCUGGCUUUCUUCUUGGUCCAUUAUCGGUCGAAAAGAAGGCGCGCAAGGCGGCAAAGCGGAGUGCCCCGUUUCGUCCAAAUAGCCUGACGGAGACAAGACCCGAAAUCCUCAAUGUCGAUGAUCUCGCUAAGAAGGAGAAUGAUCUGACUGUUAUUUGCGGCAAAAUUCUUCAGCAACUCUACAAGAUCCAGGCCAAUGCCCAAGAAACAGUCGCAGACCUGAUCACAGAUGAUAUGGAAGAGGAUGAAAAAACCCGGCUUAUGCACGAGCAUGGAUUACGGAGCACCGGUGGUAUCGACUUGAUGAGAUUUGUGGUCAAUCCCAAGUCAUUCGGACAAACUAUCGAGAAUCUUUUCUACGUGAGCUUUCUUAUCCGAGAUGGAAGAGUGGAGAUUGAUUUCGACGAAGAUGGUCUCCCUGCAUUAGCACCGGUAGAUCGAGAGGGUGAUGAUGUUGGAGCUAUUCGCCAGUCAACUUCUAAGCAUCAGGCUAUUCUAUCUAUGGACAUGGAAACCUGGCAAGACAUCAUUGAUACCCUGGGCUUUGAAGAACCCAUGAUCGAACAUCGUCAGGAGUUGUCCGCUACCGGCCCCGGGGCCAGAGGCUGGUACGGCUAG